AUGGACUCCCGUCCACCAGGGGGCUUCCUGAUCCCGUACUUCAUCAUGUUGUUCUUGGAGGGAGUUCCUCUGUUCUACCUGGAGCUGGCGAUUGGGCAGAAGAUGCGGCUCGGCAGCAUCGGGGCCUGGACCGCCAUCAGCCCGUACCUGGGGGGUCUGGGCCUGGCCAGUGUGGUGACCUCCCUUUACCUCUGUCUCUACUACAACAUCAUCAACGGCUGGAGCUUCUGGUACCUGUUCCACUCUUUCCAGUCUGUGCUGCCCUGGUCCACCUGCCCUAUCUCGGCCAAUCGCACGGGGCCGUUGGAGGAGUGCCGGAUAGCCACGCCCACACAGUACUUCUUCUACCGCGAGACCCUGAACAUCGCCCCCACCAUCGAGGCCAACGGGGGCCUCCACAUGGGACAGGCCCUGUGUCUGCUGCUCGCCUGGGUCAUCACCUACUUCUUCAUUGUCAAAGGUGUCAAGUCCACCGGCAAGGUUGUGUACUUCACUGCCACGUUCCCGUACAUCGUUCUGUCCAUCUAUCUGAUCCGGGGACUCACGCUGCAUGGAGCGGUCAACGGUGUCGUCUUCAUGUUCACGCCAAAGUUGGAGCAGCUGGCGAACCCGUCCACGUGGAUUAACGCGGCCACACAGAUCUUCUUCUCGCUGGGGCUGGGCUUCGGCUCGCUCAUCGCCUUCUCCAGUUAUAAUCAGUACAACAACAACUUUGAGAAGCAAGCCAUCAUCGUAUCGCUCAUCAACAGCGGCACGUCCAUCUUCGCCAGCAUCGUCACCUUCGCCAUCUACGGCUUCAAAGCCACGGUCAACUACGAGAACUGCCUGGACAGACUGCGACUCCUCCUCAUGAACGCCUUCAGUUUGGCCGAGGACGUGAUAAACCAGGAGAACGUGCUGCAUUGGUUGGAGAAGCUCAACUCCACCCACCCGCUGGAGUUCGCACAGAUCGCAGACCAAGUAGAAACAUGCGACCUCAACAAAGAGCUCAACACGGCGGUGGAGGGCGCAGGACUGGCCUUCAUCGUCUACAGCGAGGCCAUCACCAACAUGCCCCUGUCCCAGCUCUGGUCCGUGCUUUACUUCUUCAUGCUGCUGCUACUGGGGAUGGGCAGCAUGUUGGGAAACGUCACGGCCAUCAUCACGCCCAUGAGGGACUUCGGGAUAUUCUCCGGGAUAAGUGACGAAGUCCUCAACGGUGGAGUGUGCGUGUUCUGCCUCCUCCUGGGCCUCGGCUUCACCACUCCCCCUGGAAACUACUGGUUCACAAUGUUCAACGACUACGGCGCCUCGUUCUCCCUACUCUUCAUUGUCCUCAUCGAGGUCAUCACUGUCAGCUACAUUUACGGCCUCAAGAGAUUUUCCAAAGACAUCGAGGACAUGUUGGGCCACCCUCCAAACCUGUACUGGAAGAUCAUGUGGGGAGGAGUGAGCCCGCUUCUGCUCAUCGGUCUGUUAAUCUUCUACAUCAUCAACUACAUCCAGGGAGGCACACCCACCUACCAGGCCUGGGACAAGGAGCUGGGGGGGUCGGUGGUCAAAGAGUAUCCGGUGUUUGGGCAGUUCUUCAUCGGGAUGCUGAUCGUAUCUUCUGUGAGCUGCGUGCCAAUAGCAGCUCUGUACGCCUUCUGUCAGAGGAGGAGAAAGAAGGAGGUCUGGCUGCUCAGGCUAAAAGACCCCAAAGUGACCUUCACCCAAGUCCGACCCGCCAGACCCCAACAGCUCUGUGCACCUGCGGCCAGAGGAGAAGGCUCCAGGGCUACAGCUGUGUGCGCUUAG